CUCUCUCACUUUUCUUUGGCAUUGACAUUGCUGACGAAUAUUGGUUUCGCAGUUGCAGCCAGUGAACGAAACGUACAAGAUUGUUUGAACUACUUUCUUCGCAAGGAAAAAUUUGUUUAAGUUGAUCGGGAUUGGAUAGCGUUUUGAGUUUAAAAGUAAGCUGAUAAAAAAACUUCAUUGGAAAGAAAAAAGCUGGAAACGAAUAUUUCGUUCUUCUGAUAAAAAUCAAGAUCCACAAUGGGUGAAAAACUGUCACCUUCGACCUCAUCCACGGUCCGGAAGUCAUCGCCAGGCAAACAGAACAACGGUCAGGCACCCCCGGAAAAGACUCCACCGAAGCGCAAAAGCAGAGAGGAAAAGCUAAACCAGUUGUUCGGCUCUCCCCCGCCAGACUUUGUUGUGGGCGAACGUCCACCGCAAAAAUCGGUCUUCAUCGCUUACAUUUUGUGGCUUUUCGGCGGUUUCUUCGGGCUACAUCAUCUCUACCUGCAUCAGGACCGGCGAGCAUUCGUCUGGUGGUGCACACUGGGUGGCUAUUUCGGGUGUGGAUGGCUUUCCGAGAUUUACCAAAUACCGGCCAUGGUGCGGGACUGCAACGAGGAUCCUCGGUUCGUUGAGGAAUUUCGCGAGAAAAUUCGCACGUACAAGAAACCGCCGUUUAAUACUCCCCGUUUUGUGAUGGCCAUUAUGGUGGGUUUUCUGUUCGGGCAGAUGAUUAUGAUUUCGAUACCCCAGGAAGUGUUUGCCGGUGUUGAUUGGAGCUUCUUGCAUUGGCUGAUUCCGCUGGGGGUAGCGAUUGGUGUUUGGACGGUCGGUAAUACGGGUCGGGAGAAGGGAGUCUUCUGGCACAGUUUGGUGGGAGCCUACCUCUCAUAUCCGCUGCGAUACUUUGUGCUGGACGAAGCUUACUGGUUUACGCUGAUGGCUUUUGCUUCGGCAUUUGCAUUUGAUAACUACUCAAAGCAAUGGAAUUUGGACGUUCCGAAGCGUGAAAAACCUUUGAAGCGAGCAGCAAUCAUUAUUCCUUGUGUCUUGCUGUAUUUAUCAUUGUGGGGAUGUUUCUUCUACUUCAAUGGCACUAUUACCGACUCGGAUGGCGACGAAGUUCCGGUGCACGAAGCGAUCCACAACUUUAUCAAGUCUCCUUGGUGGACGGAUUUGAAGCAAACCGUUGCCGACACGAUUCAAUUUGCCAAACAUAACGGAUGGGCGGAGGUUUGGAAGCAGAUUAUAGACUCGAUGGAUGCGGAUGGAGAGCAAAACGCGUACAAGGUGCUAGGAGUAAGUCCUACGGCUUCGCAAACCGAAAUUACUUCGGUUUGGCGAAAACUGUCCAGGGAGAACCACCCGGAUAAGGUGAAGGACGAAGCUCAGCGUCGGGCGGCACAGGAGAAGUUUAUGGAAAUUCAGCAAGCGUAUGAGGUGUUGAGUAAAAUUAAAUCCAAAAGACGACAGCGAAAUAAGAAAUCGAAUGAAGAGCUUUAGUUUUCGCACUCGCUGUGUUUCCAAAAUUUUAGUUUAGUUGAGUUAAAUUAACGUGUAAAUAUUCAUAUGUCAUACAUGAUUAAUAAACUAAAUGCUUUUAUUUUCUGUGAAAAA